GAAUCUUAUUCACCAAAUCAAUAAGUCUGCCGCCCGAACUUUGGAUAAUCAACGAGUUCACAUGGGAGACGCUCUCCAGAAAAGGAUAGAAGUAGCAAAGGUGACAGGUGUCCUAAAUCGCAUGGACCGUGGCCGCCUCACUAAUCAGGACUGGUGUUCACCCGAAGAGAUAUUAUUGCAGGAGAUGACUACCAUGACUGACUUGCUGGCCAAGUCUCUCCACCGCCCACAACUCACAAAACAACGGUACAGCCUGCCAGCUAUGAAAGAACGCGACAUGAUGAAUACAGACAAUAUCUUCCGUAAGGUCCCAAAAGACAUUCAGGAAGACACAAGAGAUGAACUAGCUUUACUACUGGAUACAAUCUACAAGGCAAAACCUCAGUUCGAGAACCAGAGGGCGUCUUUUAGCUCUCGACAAUCCUGCCUAACUUCAAUUGCCUAGCUUCAAUUACUCAAGUUCACUAUUAUUUCCUCUCUUCUAGAUAUCCAUGCAUUUUAUAUCUCUCUAUUUCGCUCUCUCAAUCUCCCUUUCUCCCUCUCUAUUCAUUAUUUUCUGCAUCCCGUAGCCAAACUACUUCUUUUUCUUUAAGCGACUUGACCUCAAGCGUUUGUAGUCUCAUUAAACCCUAACCUCCUUGUUCGAGGUUCCAGCUUGCUGCCUCCAAG